AUGUCUGGAGCUGUCGCUGAUCUCGGCCUCAUCGGUCUGGCCGUCAUGGGUCAGAACCUGAUUCUGAACAUGGCCGACCACGGCUUCACCAUCUGCGCCUUCAACCGCACAGUCUCCAAGGUCGACCGCUUCUUGGACAACGAGGCCAAGGGCAAGUCCAUUGUCGGUGCCCACUCGACUGAGGAGUUCGUCUCCAAGCUCAAGACGCCCCGCCGUAUCAUGCUGCUAGUGCAGGCCGGCAAGGCCGUCGACGACUGGAUCGAGACCCUCCUGCCCCUCCUGGAGAAGGGCGACAUCAUCAUUGACGGUGGCAACUCCCACUACCCCGACUCCAACCGCCGAACAAAGUACCUGGCCGGCAAGGGUCUCCGAUUCGUCGGCUCCGGUGUCUCCGGUGGUGAGGAGGGUGCCCGUUAUGGUCCCUCCAUCAUGCCCGGUGGUGACGAGGCCGCCUGGCCCUUCAUCAAGGACAUCUUCCAGGGUAUCUCGGCCAAGAGCGACGACGAGCCCUGCUGUGAGUGGGUUGGCGAUGAGGGUGCUGGUCACUACGUCAAGAUGGUCCACAACGGUAUUGAGUACGGUGACAUGCAGCUGAUCUGCGAGGCCUACGACAUCAUGAAGCGUGGUCUGGGCAUGCCCAACAAGGAGAUCGGUGAUGUCUUCGCCAAGUGGAACAAGGGCGUCUUGGACUCCUUCUUGAUUGAGAUUACUCGCGACAUCAUGUACUUCAACGAUGACGAUGGCACCCCCUUGGUCGAGAAGAUCCUGGACCAGGCUGGUCAGAAGGGUACCGGCAAGUGGACUGCCGUCAACGCUCUGGACCUUGGCAUGCCCGUCACCCUGAUCGCUGAGGCCGUCAUGGCCCGCUGCUUGUCCGCCCUCAAGGAGGAGCGUACCAAGGCCUCCACCAAGCUCGAGUUCGUUGGCCGCAGCACCAAGUUCGAGGGUAACAAGGAGCAGUUCCUCGACGACCUCGAGCAGGGUCUGUACGCCUCCAAGAUCAUCUCGUAUGCCCAGGGUUUCAUGCUGAUGCAGGACGCCGCCAAGGAGUACGGCUGGAAGCUCAACAAGCCCUCGAUCGCCCUCAUGUGGAGAGGUGGUUGCAUCAUCCGCUCCGUCUUCCUCAAGGACAUCACCGCCGCCUACCGCAAGAACCCCGACCUGGAGAACCUGCUCUUCGACGACUUCUUCAACAAGGCCAUCCACACCGCUCAGCCCGGCUGGAGAGACGUUAUUGCCAAGUCCGCUCUGCUCGGAAUACCGACCCCGGCAUUCUCCACCGCUCUGUCGUGGUUCGACGGCUACCGCACCAAGGACCUGCCCGCCAACCUGCUCCAGGCCCAGCGUGACUACUUCGGUGCCCACACCUUCCUGGUCAAGCCCGAGUGCGCCAACGAGAAGUACCCCGCUGGCCAGUACGUCCACGUCAACUGGACCGGCCGUGGUGGCAACGUCUCUGCUUCCACUUACCAGGCAUAA